AUGUCAAAAUCAAUCUUCGUGUUCACCGUCACUGGGGAGCAAGGAUCUUCAGUGGCAAAGUACAUGUUGGAAGCGGAAUGGCAAGUGAGUGGAUUGACCAGGAACUUGGAGAGUGAAUCAGCCAAGAAGUUAGCUGAGAGUGGAGUAAAACUGCUCAAAGGUGAUUUGGCAGAUAGAGCCUCGUAUGAGCAUCUGCUCAAAGGUCACGACGCAGUGUUUGUCAAUGCCGAUUUCUGGACCGUUUACACUCACAACGGAUAUAACGGCGAUGAAGCUGGUAAAGAAGAGACUCGUCAGGCUAUGGCAGCAAUUGACGCUUGUAAUCAAGCUGGUAUUCCUCAUAUCGUUUAUUCAACGUUGGAAGGUGAAGAUAUCCCUCAUUGGCAAUCAAAGCAUCUUGUGAACGAAUGGAUUAGAGAACAUAAUAUUCCCGUCACUCAACUCUAUACAUCUUCUUUCAAUUCCAACAUGUAUCGAUUCGACUAUCUUAAAUCUGAUGGACAAGGCGGAUUGCUGCUCAAUAUUCAAACAUUGGAUGACGCUCGUGUACCCACUGUAUCCAGUGAACAAAUGGGAGCUUGGGUGAAGACUGCCGUUGAGAAUCCCGAGGAAUGGAAGGGUAAAAACAUGUACGCAUGUACAGAUUACCUAACUGUCAAAGAAAUGGCCCACAUUCUCUCUGAAUACAUGGGUAAAAAAGUCGAUACCCCUCAUUUAACUCCUGAGGCACUUGAAUCCGAUGUGACUGUAUCUAUCGUAGGAUUUGAAAUAUGGUGUCAGAAUAAAGUCUGGGCUUCUGGAACCGUGAUUCGCGAUGUAGAAGAAAGUAAAAGGAUCGCUCCUGGAGUUUGGACUUUCAAAGAGUGGUGUGAGAAAUCCGAAAAAUUCCAUGAGUAUCUGGCUCAACUGAAAUAA